UUCAUCUUCCCGCGGCCUCACAUCCUCCCGCCGGGAGCCCCGCGGGCGCAGCACCGCCCGGCCGCCCCCUCCCUUCGCCUCCCGGCAGGACGAUGCCGAGCCUCGGCGCUCCGCGGCCCACGGGCGCCCGCCGCGGCCCGCGCGCUACCAACGGUCCGCCGCGUGCGAGCCCCGCCCCGGCGAGAGGGAGGGCGGGAAGGCGCCGCCCGGCGGGGAAUGACAGAAGCAAGAGGGGGGUCUGGAUGAAGUGCUCUGCUCUGCUGCAGUGUAUGGGUUGCACAGGCAGAGCACUUACCUUUGUACAGACCACUGACAUGCUCCUAAGCCCUUUGUUGCAACAAAAAGUAAGAUUUUUCUUCUCUGAGGAUAAAGUGAUGGCUGAGAUGAGUAAUAGUAAUUUCAGCAAAACAACCACUAUUCAGCAGGCAGUGUCCUCUUGCUGCGGAGCUAUAAUUACAUCAUUGUUUGUAACUCCUCUUGAUGUUGUCAAAACUCGACUGCAAGCCCAAAGCAAUCCGUUCCCCAAAGGAAAAUGUUUUGUAUACUCCAGUGGCCAGAUGGAUCAUACGUGUGUUUGUGAGAAUGGAGAUGGUAAGGCAUGCUAUAAAAGAAAUGGGCAUUUCAAAGGGACAUUGGAUGCUUUUGUGAAAAUUAUUCAAAUAGAGGGAAUUAAGUCUCUCUGGAGUGGACUUUCCCCGACGCUAAUAAUGGCCCUUCCUACCACAGUAAUCUAUUUUACCUGCUAUGAAAAACUGAGUGAAGCUCUGAGGUCUAGACUAGGAGAGGAUAAUGACCACAUUCCACUUGUUGCAGGUUCCUUAAGCAGAUUUGGUUCAGUUACUGUAGUGAGUCCUUUGGAGCUGAUCAGAACUAGAAUGCAGUAUCACACGUUGUCCUACAAGCAACUGCACUUGAGCAUCAGGAGUAAAGUGGCCAGAGAUGGGUGGCUUUCCUUGUGGAGAGGCUGGAGCACUACUGUUCUGAGAGAUGUACCUUUCUCAGUGUACUGGUAUAAUUAUGAACGUUUCAAGAAGAUGAUGUGCAAGAGUGCUGGUGCACGUGAACCAACCUUUUUUAUUGCUUUUACUGCAGGAGCAGCAUCGGGCUCUAUCGCAGCUGUCGUAACUCUGCCAUUUGACGUAGUGAAAACACAUAGGCAGACUGAACUUUGGGAGAGUGAGACUUUACAAAAUCCACAGAGGGACUGUGCAUCUACCUGGGCAGUUAUGAGGAAAAUUGUUGCUAAAAAAGGGAUUGCUGGAUUAUUUGCUGGUAUUACUCCACGGCUGUUUAAAGUUGCUCCUUCUUGCGCCGUAAUGAUCAGCACAUAUGAAUAUGGGAAGGCUUUCUUCAAACAUUUAAAUGAAGAGACAAACCAGCAUCCUUAAGUCUCCUUCAUCCAAUUGCAUGAAGUCAAAAUACAUGGAGAAACUUCAUUUUUUCACUGUUUCACAAAGCAUAAAUUGGAUUUUUUUUUCUCCCUUAAGAAAAAUACAUGGCCUUGAAAUUGUUACUGAAAAUUUUGUGAGUUCUCUCUUGCUGCUACAGAGAGAAGAAAAAAGAAAAGAGGCACUUGGACUGUUCCUCAAUGAUGAUUAAAAAGGAAAAAAAUAAGCCUGGCCAGAAUGAUGAAGAAUAACAACUGCCAGUCUUAAUCUUCAGUCUGACUAAAUAUUUUGUUGGAUGUUUAAAAUAAUGUUUAGACAAUACUGUAGGUAGACCAAGGAAGGGACAUCUCCAUAAGGAGGCUGAUAGAGAGUAAAUUCAAUAAGGAUGUUUAAGCUUGCUUAAUACCUUUUCAAUUGUGUGAAUGUUUAUUUGCAGCUCCAUAAUUUGUGCAAAUGGAUACUUUUGAUUUUCAGGUUUAUUUAUAACAAGAAGUGUUUCAGGUCAAGCUGGAAAAAACACAUAGCGGCUAUUAGAAUCCCAGAGAACAUCGUGAAUACAUUGCCAGGUGCUGCAGUGGCUUUUUAGUUCAAGACAAUAUUCCUAGUGCACGCUUUUACUGGGAAACACAACAUUCCAGAACAUUCACACAUUUGUGACUCCCCAUAACACCUUGAAGGUCCCAGAAAAGCUUCAAGACAGAGCCAGGCUCCCUUCCAGGGAGCAUUCCCCAUGCAUAGUUUGCAUAGACAGCAGUCUUAUUCUAUCUGAAGAAGGUAUCCCAGUGUGUGUGUCGCCUUGGUAAAAAUUCAGCACACACUGAAAAUGCCUUAGUUGUGGGGAAAGACAUUAGGCAAGAAGUUUACAGCAUAUGGUGCAGGCAAGACCUCUUGCCAUGGUAGACAUUUGACACUGUUCCCCCCAUUGUGAUUAUAGAAGUAAGUUUACACCUUAUUUUAAGCUUCUAUAGUCAAAAGAGCCAAGAGAGCCAAAAGACAAAAAGCCAUAACAGCAGAUUUUGGGCUACAUAUGGAAUACAGCAACAACAACAUCUCUCUGUUGUCUGAGAA